GUGCUGCUGAGCCAGGUACAUCGGCUGCGGGCGCUCGAUUUACUGGGAAGAUUUCUGGACCUGGGCCCCUGGGCCGUGAGCUUGGCCCUGUCCGUUGGCAUCUUCCCCUACGUGCUGAAGCUGCUCCAGAGUUCAGCUCGCGAGCUGCGCCCGCUCCUCGUCUUCAUCUGGGCCAAAAUCCUGGCGGUGGACAGCUCGUGCCAAGCCGACCUUGUGAAGGACAACGGCCACAAGUAUUUCCUGUCCGUUUUGGCAGACCCUUAUAUGCCAGCUGAACACAGGACCAUGACCGCUUUCAUCCUGGCUGUCAUUGUGAACAACUACACCACCGGGCAGGAAGCCUGCCUUCAAGGAAACCUGAUUGCGAUUUGCCUGGAGCAGCUGAACGAUCCCCAUCCUCUCCUGCGUCAGUGGGUGGCCAUUUGCUUGGGCCGCAUCUGGCAGAACUUCGACUCGGCCAGGUGGUGCGGCGUGAGGGACAGCGCGCACGAGAAGCUCUACAGCCUCCUCUCGGACCCCAUCCCGGAGGUUCGCUGUGCUGCAGUCUUUGCACUGGGAACAUUUGUGGGCAACUCGGCCGAGCGGACCGACCACUCCACCACCAUCGACCACAACGUGGCCAUGAUGCUGGCCCAGCUCAUCAACGACGGGAGCCCCAUGGUCAGGAAGGAGCUGGUGGUGGCCCUAAGUCACCUGGUGGUUCAGUACGAGAGCAAUUUCUGCACCGUCGCCUUGCAGUUCAUGGAGGAGGAGAAGAAUUACCCUCUCCCUUCUCCAGCUGCCACAGAGGGCGGGAGUUUGACGCCGGUGCGAGAUGGUCCAUGCACGCCCAGGCUGCGCUCAGUCAGCUCCUACGGCAACAUCCGAGCGGUCACCACGGCUCGAAACCUCAACAAGUCCCUGCAGAACCUCAGCCUGAAUGAAGAAUCUGGGAGCUCUGUUGCGUUUUCUCCCGGGAACCUCAGCACCAGCAGCAGCGCCAGCAGCACCCUGGGCAGCCCUGAGAACGAGGAGUACAUCCUGUCCUUCGAGACCAUCGACAAGAUGAGGCGCGUCAGCUCCUACUCCUCCCUCAACUCGCUCAUAGGUGUGAGUUUCAACAGCGUUUACACCCAGAUUUGGAGAGUCCUCCUUCACCUGGCUGCCGACCCCUAUCCCGACGUCUCCGACUUGGCCAUGAAGGUCCUCAAUAGCAUCGCCUACAAGGCGACCAUGAACGCUCGCCCCCAGCGCAUCCUCGACACCUCCUCGCUGACGCAGUCGGCCCCGGCCAGCCCCACCAACAAGGGCAUGCACAUCCACCAAGUCGGAGGGUCGCCCCCGACCACGAGCACCAGCAGCUCCAGCCUGACCAACGACGUGACCAAGCAGCCGGUGAGCCGCGACAUCGCGUCGGUGCGGCCUGCCAACGUGGGCAGCAUGGGGGUGCAGUACACACCCCACUCGCACCAGUUCCCCAGGACGAGGAAGAUGUUCGACAAGGGGCCCGAGCAGACGACUGACGACGCUGAUGAUGCCGUGGGACACAAAAGUUUCAUUUCGGCCACGGUGCAGACGGGGUUUUGUGACUGGAGCGCCAAGUAUUUCGCCCAGCCGGUGAUGAAGAUCCCCGAGGAGCAUGACCUGGAGAGCCAGAUCCGCAAGGAGCGCGAGUGGCGGUUCCUGCGCAACGCCCGCGUCAGGAAGCAGGCCCAGAAGAUCAUCCAGAAGG